AUUUUAUAAUAAAUUUAAACAGAGGGCAGCACAUGCUUUAAAAAAUAGGUAAAUAGAGGAGCGCAAGAGCAUAGGUCUGUUUCAGUAUGACCAAGUGGAAAUCUCUCGUGAACAAGAACCUGGUGAUAAUUGUCAUGAUUCCUACACUUAUUGCUAUGCACUGGUCGUGGACCAAACUUCAAAAUAAUGAGGUUUUUGUACCGAAGGAAAGCAAAAAAGACUGGCCAAUAAAAGACAUUUUUCAGAAACUUGCACAGAGUAGUAAAAGUAGUGAUUGAACUAGACCAGAAUUUGUUUUUGAUGCUGAAAAGACUGUAAGAUUGUAUCAAAGAAAUACUUGAGUUAAAAAAUGUUUGGAUUAAUAGUGAAUGCUUAUUAUCUUAAAACAUAGUAAAUUUUUUAUAAAGUUUUAAAACUGGGAUGUUAAACGAUAUUUAAUUUGAUAUUGUCAGUGUUUAAGUUCGAAUAAUUUUAUAUAUAGCUAGUGAUAAGAAAAGUAUGAUUGAAAUACACUUGCUAUGGUUAGUAUUAAGUAAAGUCUUAGUAAUAAAAGUUGUUGAAAAAUAAGUUUCUUUCUGUCCGCAUUUGCGACUGUGUUGUGUGUUAAGUUUUUUAGACUAGGCCCUCACAGUCAUGAACAACUCUGGACUUCAUCCCACCAAACUUGCUGAAGCUAAAGUAGAAAUUGAACCUUUAAAACUACCUAAAAAUCGUGAAGCCUUUGGAGAACUGAUGAAACUUGUGGGUUCAUGUUUUGGCCCUAAAAGCCGAUUAAAAUGUAUCCAAAUUUCUGAAGAAAGCCCUGCUAUUGUAACUUCCACAAGCAUGAGGCUUUUUCAGUAUCUGCCAGUUUCUAAUCCUUAUCUUAAGCUGGUAAUUCAAGCUGUAAAAGAACACCUCAAAAUUUUCAAAGAUUCUGGGACAUUUGUUACAUAUGUAACAUUAAAUAUGUUAACUAAUUUCUCUAACCUGCCCUUUCCACCACAGUUAAUUUCAAGCUUGUUUGAUGCAUUUUCCAUCUCUUGUCUGGAAUACCUAAAAAGUGAAACUUGUCAUCCAAAAGUCCAGCUGGACUUUGAUAGCUUGAAACAGUUAAUGUCAGUUACUCAGAAUAUUAUUUCUUCUAAACCUGGUUGCUCACUGCAAGAUGAUGAACGUACACACUUAGCUUUGCAGCUGGUCAAAAGUUUCCUUCACACCAUACCUUCUCCUGUGGUGGAAAGGCCAUCGCAACCACUACAUAUCGGCAGACUACAUUUCACAUCCUAUGAAGGUGGUAGGGUUUUGGAUUCUGUUAUGUAUCCUGGCUUGUUACUCUCAUCAAAGCUUUGUUCACUAAAGUCUCUAAAGUGCAGAGAAAGAUUACAAGUCAUCCUUUUCACCGUUUCACUUUCAUGGAAUAAGGACGAUCCUUUUUUACCAAACCACUUGGAAUAUUGUAGCACUUUAGAACUGAAGUCCCAUUUGUCUUCGUGGUUUGAAAUGUUUGGAAGGAAAUUGAUAGACAAAGGGAUUGGCAUGGUCGCUUGCCAAAAGAUAGUGAAUAUACACUUGAAGAAAUAUCUUGAAGAUCAUGGAGUAAUAGUGUUGGAGAAGCUGGGGUUGGAAACAGCUGUAGCUUUAAAAGAGCUUUGUGGUAGGUUCUUUCGGUUAUUUAUAUUGUUAACCUGCAAGAUUUUUCUAAAUAAUCAGUUUUUCUCCAGUAAUAUUAACUUAAAUGCAAUAACAGAUUAUCACAAUGCAUGUUUUAUUUUUCAGAUUGUUUGUCAGCAGGCUGUAAAUGUUCUCUACCAGUUGCUUCUUAAACCUGUUGGCCUGUAUGGAGCAGGGUGUACUGAAUGUCAUGUGGCAUCAGUGCUUCGAAAACAAGUUCAGAAAGACCUGCACAUCUACACUAAGAGAUUUGGAUGUAGUGAAGCAGUAGUUCUUUCAACUGGUGAAUGUUUUUCAUCCUGUCUCGAAAACUCAGCAGUGAGCCUUUCGAAAACAUCCAGACUGAAUUUAAAGACUGAUUCACACUUCCAUCACUUGUGGUCUGAAACUCCUGGUGGUGAUGUAGCCAACAGCUGUGCUUGUGGCCAGUUUACUAAGACAGAACUGGAACCGUGCAUCUGGUAUUCGCUCCGGUGGGGAGAGAUGGACUUUGUUUAUGUGAAAGAUGAGCCAUGUCCAGUUUUAAAAAACUCCCAGUUGAGUGUCAAACCAUCAGUUAUCAUAGAUGGAUGUGCAUCUCGCUUGAAUGCUUAUCACGUUGCCAUGGAAACAACUUCAGCUCUUCUUCGAACGGUGUUAUAUAUCGAAGACAGAAAUUAGUUCAUAAUUACUGGAAGUAACAAACUGAGCUGGUUUUUGACUCAAGAAUUUAAUUAGAAAUUUCCAAAUAAAACUUGAUGUAUACGUGUC